GUGCGGUAGAACAGGCUGGAUAUGCUCUAGGCCCGCCAUGUUAAGUUGCAAUGUCUAAGGCACACCCUGUGGCAAAUUCUAGAAAACCUUUAGUUGCAUCUUCAAGACAUGGUGUUGCUCGUAUUUCUCGAUGCAUUGAUUGCGGGGUGAUGAUUUUAAGUCUAUGAUUGUGCGCUUGUUUUCUGCAAGAAGGGGAUGUCUUUUUGUUAGAUCUGUACAUUUGGGUAAGCCACUCUCACGCUUAAAUGCAGAGGAUGCUCAGUUCAGAUCAAUCUGUAUGAAUUUGAGGGAAAAUAAAUGGAAAACUGUGGAACAAAUAUGUUCUGGAUUGCCCAUGUCCGUCAUGACUCGUGUUUUCGGCGAGUUCCGUAACUCUCCACAAUCAAUACUUGAGUUUUACAAUAGGAUUGGUGGAGCAAAAAGCAUCUCUGAUUCGCUUGAAUGUAGUUGUGUCGUGCUUCGUGUGCUGGUGUUUUAUAAACAUUAUGAUGAUGCUUUAGGGUUGAUUAAAGAGUUGAUGAUAAAGAAAGGGGUUUUGCCUUUGGAACUUUUGGGAGGGCUUAUGGAUAGUAGGGAUGUAGGUUGCAGGAAUGAUGCAGUAUUUGACACACUAGUUAGGGCUUGUACUCAAAUUAGGCUCACCGAUGGCGGGUAUGAGGUUAUCAAGAAGUUGAGAGCUCAUGGUUAUAUGGUUUCUAUUCAUGCGAUGAAUAAUUUUUUGGAUCAUCUAUCAAAGUUAGAUGAUAAUCGUCGCUUUUGGACAAUGUACAAGGACAUGGUUUCUUGUGGCUACAUAGAGAACGUGUAUACUUAUAAUGUUGUCAUCCAUGCCCUUUGUAACGAAAACCUCAUCACUUAUGGGACUAUGAUCAACGGAUUUUGCCGGGUAGGCAAAUUCGAAACUGCUGUUGAGGUUUAUGAUGAGUUGAUAAACACAAAGAAGAAUCCCAACUUAGUGAUAUAUAACUCCAUAGUUGAUGGCUUAUGCAAAGAAGCCUCUUUAGAUGCAGCUAAAGCAAUGGUUGAUGCACUCAAAGAGACUUGUGUAUAUGAUGUUGUGACAUUUAAUACAUUGUUAAAUGGGUACUGUAUAAACGGGGAAGUUGAAAAGGCAUUCCGAUUGUUCUGCAAUAUGAGAAAAGGUGGGGUAUUGAUGAACAGAGUUAGUUACAAUAUCAUGAUCAAAAUGAUGUGCAAGUGUGGGCUCAUUCAGCAUGCCAAAGAAAUUCUGAGUAUGAUGAUUAAAGAGGGUAUAUGUCCUGACGGUGUCACUUACACAACAAUGAUCACAAGUGCAAACAAGAUAAGCAGUUUAGAUGAGGUUCUAAAGCUUCAUGACUACAUGGUUCUUCAAGGAAUAAUUCCAGAUAGGGAUACCUACAAGGCUGUUGUUAGCCCCCACUUGGUUAACUCAAUGGUUACACCUUGUGAAAAUCAGAGUACCAGUGUUCAUGCCUGUGCUCUCAGGUUUUAAGAGUUGCAAAAGUGUUUAAAGUUGCAUGAAAUACCCUAUGACUUCACUCCCAUGGGGUGAGUGAACAUGCCUGCGACCUCCUAUUUGGAAUCCGACUUAUGCACCACAUUGAAAUUGCAUUAUGAUGUACCUGGAAGUGGUUGGGUGUGACCGUGAACCUGGAUUAUGGAGAGAGUCUCAAUGAAUUCGUACAGCUAUU